AUGCCUGAGCAGCCGGAGGAUCGAAUGUCGGGCAGCGGUUCACGAGGCUCGCGCGGUUCGAGACGUUCUCGCGUCACUGAUCAAGUACGUGAGGCUCCAGUUGUAGAACUAGCAGACGAAUCCGCUCCAGCCUCUGUAUACGAUGACUUCACAGACAGAGACUCUCUAGGUGGUCACUCUGCCCCUCCACUCCCCAUAAAGCCGCCAGGCAACUUACCACCUGGCAGCAUCGGGGUAGAUCCUCGUUUAGCAGGCAACACCGCUGAUGAGUAUUACAAUGACAUUGUAACAACGCCAUCCGACGAGGUGCCAGCCAGCCCCUCGCAGGCCCUCUCCAGGCGUAGGACGUCCUCGCAUGGUCUCUCGCAUUCACACUCACACUCGCACUCUCCUUCCCAUGGUCACUCAUCCCGACGCACACGGAGUCACUCCAGCGCCCGGGAGGUGCUUCGCCUUCUUCUCAAAGCAGAGGGCACCGACUCGAGAGAGGCCCUCGCCAUGCUACGGAGAGCACACGACCGUCUCGAGUCGGAGAACCUGCGCGCCAAUGAAGCAGAACGGCGCGUCCAAGAGGCGAACGAUCGUUGGAAAGUCAUAAAUCAGGCACGCCUGCAGGCACAGGCCGAAGCUUCUCGUAUAAAUGAAGAACUUCGAUUGUAUAAGCUUCAGCUCGAGACCGCCCAGCAGCAGAUCGCACGUGCGAAUGACAUGAUUGCACAGACAGACAAAGAAAAGGAUAAAGCAGAGGACGAGGCUGCCAAGGCUAGACGACUAGCAAAGAAAUAUGAGAUUGAGUCCCUAAUCCAGAAGGCUAGAGAGGAGGGAAGACGAAUAGGCCGACAGCAAGGCCUGCAAGAAGGCAUGGAGAACGCCUACUAUGAUGACCGAGCGUAUGGAAGAGACUAUUAUGAUCGCGAUCGCGAGUUGUACGAGAAUGGCCGGCCUUACGACGAGCAGACUUACGACGGGCGGACAAUUAUUGACGACGAUCGGUACACGAACGAUUACCGCGAAGAUGGGAGACACCCUAUGCAAUAUGUUCCAAAUCCCCAAGGGACAGCAGACCCGCGAGUGCAACGCAGUCGGCCGACACCUCGCACUCCGACAGGCAUCCCUCCGCGAACGCGAUCCGUACCAGGCGAAGCUUCAUCCCGUGGUCCGCGCAAUUCGAUACUCAAUGGUCUCUCGCGUCUCGGUCGAGGACGACGACACGGUCCCGAGAUGGAUAGGAAUGUCGCAGUCAAUCCAUCCAAUGCACCGGAUGUCGCUUCCAUUGUCGAUGAGAUGCCUGUCAAUCCGAUCACGUCUCCCCUUCCGGCUGAGGAGAUAUCCCAGGUAAACCACACGACACCAGUGCGCAUGCCGGAACCGGACUUCAACCCGGACCCAAAUGAUGUCCCUCCGAUUUCCAUGCCGAAUCGGCCAAGGUCGCCCGCUCACCCGCCAAUACACAUCCCGCCAGACGGUUAUAUCCCUUCACAGGGUUUGGAUGGAUCGAUUCGACUUCCACCACCUCAUGAACUGGGCCAAGCUCCACCCACUCCACGUUCGUACGAUUCGCCUUUACCGAACGCGUCAAAUUUGCCGCCUGCUGAACCUGCAGUGCUGCCUCAGAGAGAAAGGAGCCCAAUCACACGAGACUAUGGGCUACCUCAGGAACAGUCUCGUCCCAGUCGAAGGCAUCGUUACCAGAAGAGUGUCGCGGAUUCCGAUGACUCUAUAGCGACUGGUGCUUUUUCACUCGUAUCACCUCCAGACGGAAGACAAACUUUGAUGCGGGAUAAUCGACUGAGCGCCAUUCCAGAACACGACCCACGCUAUGCAAGCCCGAGUGGAAGCAUGCGUCAAGCGGAGGGCGCCAUGUAUCCUGGAACUCCACGUUCCAGGUCAAGCAGACGUGGUGAUGCUUACAUUUCUCCUGAACCUGUCAUGGUUGAAGAACCACCUGUACGUCCAGACUUGGGAGCUGCUUUCUCACCUCGAUCGACACGUUCAGGUUUCGGACCGCCCAGGCCUUCGAGACUGACUACCCCGGCACCUCUCGCACCGUCUCUUGGUGCCGACAACUAUGAUCAGCCGGCAUAUACACGCCCACGCAUCAACUCCGUUGCUUCAGGUUCAGAUAUCGGAGGCCCCAUUGGAGGCCCUGGUGGCACGCCACGCCCAUCGAGGAGUAGAAAUAUGACGCCAGCAUCUGAGUACAGAAGAAGCAGACCGCCCACCGCUACCGGAGUCCAGACGCCGGAGAUCACUAUUACUCAAGCUGUAUGA